CGAUGUUGCACGCGAGGACCUGCAGCCACAGUGACACUGACCAACAACUCACCGAGCUGGUGUCAGAGAGUCCUGCGAGAGCGUGACACCGGUGGAAACGUCCCCUUCAUCGUCUCAGGACCACAGAGGCAGCUCGUCACACUCCCACAGCACAGCAGCAGUUUGAAAGCUUCCAUCAGACCCAUGACUGUUUGAAGGGACACAGCCCCACCGUGGCCCAUGCACUGUACCCGUUUCCCUCCCUGUCCUACUCCUCCCUCAAGCUGACGCAAAACCCCAGGCACCUCCCCCCCCUCCCCCACCCCCAUUCCCACCCAGUCCCCAGCGACUCGCCACCUCCCACCAUGGCAUCUGGCACAGAGACUGUGCACUACAUCCACCUCCACAACUCCAGCCAGUCGGUGCUGGAAGCCCUGCGCACGCAGCGGCGCGAGGGCCUCUUCUGCGAUGUGACCGUGCGGAUACAUGACGCCUCGCUCCGUGCCCACGCCUGCGUCCUUGCGGCUGGCAGCCCCUUCUUCCAGGACAAGCUGCUGCUGGGUCACUCUGAAAUCUCCGUGCCACCUCUGGUGCCCGCAGAAACCGUGAAGCAGCUCGUGGAUUUCAUGUACAGCGGCUCGCUGGUGGUGCUGCAGUCGCAGGCCCUCUGCAUCCUCACCGCUGCCAGUAUCCUGCAGAUCAAGACGGUCAUCGACGAGUGCACCCAGAUAAUCUCGCAGAGGAAGGCAGCAGCAGGGGCGGCGGCUGCGGCCGCUGCCGCAGCAGCGGCGGGAAGCGCUAUGCUGGGAGGAGUUCUCCCUAAACAGGAAGAGCGUGGCGGGGGCAAAGGGCGAGAGAGCGGUGGCAAUGGAAGCUGUUCUGUUGGUGGAGCAGGUGGGGGUUAUGCAAACUUCUCCAACUUCAUGGCUGAGUGUGGGGCUAGUAACAUGGGCGCUGGGUUAGGGGGUGCCAGCGUUAGUGUCACCGAGGGCGGCCCAGGUCCGAUGGAACAAGGUAACACAGUGAGUCUGAUGGCGCUGGGCGACAUGGGCCCCGGCUCCAUGUGUGGUGACGGGAUGGGCUCUGGGGCCGGCACAAUCCUCAUGAAGCAGAGCUCCAGCUGUACUCAGGACGUCAGGUACAAGCUCCGAGACCUGUUGGCACAGACGGCCAAUGGAGCCAACACUAGUAGCACAGGGAACCUCUCAGCGGGCUGCAGCUCCGGUGUGGCCAGCGUGGACAGCAUCGGCAGGGACAGCCUCCGCGGCAACACAACCGACCUCUCUGAUGACCUGGUGGGGAUGGACAGAUACAGUGAGGAGGAUGACUUGGACGGCAGAGAGCGGGGGAGAGACGGAGACAGAGACAGGGGGGCGAGCCACAGCCGCAAGCAGAGGCAGCCGCUAAGACUCCAGGUGCUGGGAGGCGAGGGAGUGGUGGUGAAGGAUGAAGGGGUACAGGACACUGACGGGACCGUCUAUGCCUUGGAGGAAGGGAGACGAGACGGAGAGCAGGAGGGCUCCCAGGAAUCCAUGGCAGGAUUUGGACAGGUGAGUUUAAUUCAGAGGGAGGACGAGAAAAGGGAGUUU